CACCAGGGGAGGCAGCUAUCACAUCUGCCUCACUGAGGGGGACGUGUCAGACACGCCCCCCUCAAUGAUGACACGCCCCCUCACUAAGGACACGCCCUCCUCAUUGAGGGCACGCCCCCUCGGUGAGGAUACGCCCCCCUCAGUGAGGACACACGCCCUCAGUGAGGACACUCCACCCCUCAGUUUGGAGAUCUGGCACUGAUACUAGCCAGUGCCUCCCCACCCAUUGACCUCACCGCACGUCACUGCUAAAUAUCACCACUAAGGGAGAUGAAGGCGGGUGGGCGUGGUAGUGCUGGCCACCCACCCCCUCGUGUGCCACAGUGCCGGCCUUCAUAGGCGCUGCUACUUCUCGCUCUAACAGCCACUUGACCCCGGCAGUCUGUUAAAGGCUACACGAGGGAUCUUUGUCUUUCUUGUUUGUGCUCGUGCGUGUUGACUGUGACGUCACAUGUGGGAGGUCUGGACCAAGUUAGAAAUGGAGGACCACGUGACUCAAGUAAUGUUUAAAAGAGGAGACGGGGGAGAGGAUUCCAGUGACUUGGUGACGAACGCUGAGCACCGACAACCUCCGAUUAGCAGGACGCUCAGCUGCUACAUACGGUGAUCCGAAAGAAAAUUCAGCGUACCAUGUCAAUCUCGGCCCUGCCGCUGUUGCUGCUGCUGCUGGUGGUGGUGGUGGGAGCCCAGCAGGAGAGGACCAUCUGCGCGGGCAUCAACGGGAUCCCCGGGCAGCCCGGAGCCCCAGGGCAGCACGGGACUCCUGGGGUCCCUGGGAGGGACGGCAGAGACGGCACUACCGGAGCACCCGGAGCCAAGGGAGACGUCGGGGCUCGAGGCUUGACUGGGGACCCAGGUCUGCCGGGAAAGCUGGGCCCUCUUGGCCAACCGGGGCGCGAGGGGACUCCGGGAGUCCCAGGUGAGCAGGGCGACAGAGGCGAGAAAGGCGAGCGGGGAGAGAGCGGCGUGGGGCCCAGGUCGGCCUUCUCCGCGAAGGUGGACGCUUACACGCCGGCGGCCGGCUCCCCCGUGACGUUCAACGUCAUCAUCACCAACCCGCACGGCCAUUACAAUGCCGGCACGGGGAAGUUCACCUGCGCCCACCCAGGCGUCUACUAUUUCACGCUGUCCGCGCAUUCCAAUGAACACUAUCUCGUGGUUAUGAUCAUGAAAAACGGGAAGGUCAUCUCUAAGGUGUGCGGUGAAAAAUACGACGCAAUAAGCGGCAGCGUCGUGCUGAGUCUCAAGGCCGGAGAUGAGGUUUGGCUGGAGUUGGAGGCUCCGUACAUUAAUUUGUUCUUCAACGUGCACAGAGACGCCGUGUUCAGCGGCUUUUUCCUGUACCCUGAGUGAAUCGGUUUUGUUUCCAUCAGCGCAUCUGGGAAAACAGAUUGGGAACACAUUCACUCACACGCACACGCAUGCACCCCCCCUUCCCCCCCCGUGUUAAACAAAGCUUUUGGGCAACAUCUCAGAAAAAUACCCAGCAAAAAUCUGCAAAUGUGCUCGGCUUGCCCAAUGCUGAGGUAAUGACUGCUAAUUUUCGGAUGGGAAAUUUUCUCACCAGAAGAAAAAUAGGCCCGGCACUUUUCUCAGCCACCUUUCUCCUUGUCAUCCAGGGUGUCUGGGCGAUAUAUGAAUCGGUUUGACAACGCAGAGAGGCAUAGCAGCUUGCACCAACUGAAAAAGUCCUGAAACCUCAACAAUUUUCCCAUCCGGCAUCGGCAGUGAAGGAGGAAAUAUUUCAAUUCCAGCUGAUAGCUGUGAGGGUUGCUCAUUUCUAACAAGGGAGAGAGAGGAGUUUGGAUCCAUUUUCUCUCCCGUGCAAUUCCUCAAUUUUUUUUUAUUCCACGGCAACAGAUAGAAGGACAAUAGCUCGAUCUGGAAUUCUGAUCAUUUUAACAAGAUUUGGAAUGUAUUGACUAUGCCUUGG